AUGGCUACGCAGGCACAAUCGCAAGCGCAAGCAAAAGCGCUUGGAUUGGCUAGCGGAGCCGCCGAUGCCAACGCUUCUGGCGGAGCGCGAACCCCACCCCUAACCUCAACCCCUUGUUUGCCUUCAGCAACAGCCAACAGUGCCCUUUUUCAGCGCAUUCCUCCAGAGAUUCGGCGGCUCAUUCUGGUUGAGGCCUUUGGAGAAUCUCCAAUGCACUUUGACCUGCGUUUAUUGCACCCUUUGAAGAAACACCCGCCAAAGCGUUCCGGGACACAUGGCCCACGUCAUGCGAACCUUGAUCACUCAGCACGCGAUGAGUUUGCACCUCGCCAGUGGCAGUGGUGCAGCUCUGCUACGAAUUCUUUGACCUGGACGACCUGUCAUUUGGGGGCCAGCUCAUGCUGUGACGCCUGGCCAGGCAAAAUGCCUAUGAAGUGUCUCAUUGGUGCCAUGGGUUGGCUCUUGACAUGUCGGCAGGCAUAUGUUGAGGGUGUUGAGGUGCUCUAUGGGACAAACCGGAUACGGAUUGAAGGAACAUAUCUACUGCGUCGGCUACCGGACCUCCUGUUGCCUCAGCGUCGUGCUGCGAUUAGGUCCGUUCAGCUAUAUUGGAAUAUUCACCCGUGGCUCGAUAGUCCAGGCUCUCGUAAAAGAGAGAAAUAUCCUCCUGGCUCUGACAUGGAAGGAUUCAUCUCAUUGCUCAAUAUUUUCCCUGAAGUAUUGCCCAAUAUCAGGUUUCUGUACCUCUCUUUACAGGGGAACUUGGGGUUUCCUGCCGUGGACAGACGAGGAACAAGUGAAGGAGAUGAGAUGACCAUCAAUGCAAGCGAAGAACUGCUACAGCUGGUUGAUCAGAUGGUCGUAAAGCUACAUCGUCUCUCACAUUGCCACAUCUUGCUGCCGACUAGCUACUUCCGCGCACUCAAUUUCAGGGAGAAUGGAAUACGUUUCACUCUGUACAAUUCGUUUUCGCAAGAGCCGCUGUGGCGGGUUCUUCCGGUUCAAAAUGAUUCGCAGCAGGAGGAGGGAGCAUGACCUGUGCUCAAAGGCUACUGGAUACGUCCGGGAGAGCAUGAUUGGUAUCAUCCACAAGAUUACAUCCCGGGGCCAGCGUGCGGACUUUGAGGGUGCAUCGAGUUCAGUUCCUUGAGCUGAAAAUACCCUUGGAUAGUUGGAGAUUAGAAGAUAGCAACAUUAAUAGCGAAUUUGUACAGAGUACAUUGCAAUAAAUAAUAGUUCUCACUCGGAGAAUCUUGCGGAGGGAUGCUGAGAGAGGGGAGUUUCUAAAUGUAUGAAUUCAAUAAAUUUAGGAUCCAAGCUACUUUAAUAAUUAAAUAAGCAGUACUCCGUAGUUAGGUGGCUCUUGAAUCCUCUUGGAUUUCAGAUGAAUGUCAUCAUCUUUUGAUCUCUUCUGACAGAAAGCAACCAAGCACCGGUCACAGUUUGAAGCAAAAACACACCUUUCUGGGAAGUUGUCCCUUCAACCGGUUCAGCAAGGGGGGAAGAAUCUACUUCCAGGGACCACUACCUUUUAUCUCCCCUAGAGGAAUAUAUUCUCCAGGGGGCACCCAUUAUCGACUCACGUUGAAUAGUUCCGUUUACCGCACAAUACAGAACUUUCUGGAUGAAGCUGUAAACGUAGGUCCCCCAUAUAGGCUUUUAUUUUCUUUUGGACCAAGCACAACAGUCCUUCUGGCUGAAGCUUGGCAAAAA